GAUUUUGUUCUGUUGAAGCGCCCUGAGACCUCCUGGUAUAGGGUGGUGUAUAAAUUCAGUUAAAUAAAUAAAUAAGCAAGCCACAAAGUAACAGCCUGAGACAUGGCUAAUCCAAGUUCAUCGUUGUUAGAUGAAGCUGUGCAGCAAAUAGCAGAACAACAACAUGCCCAAGCCUCUGAAAUAGAAAGCAACAAGGCUGUCCUUAUCAGGUUGCAGACUCAGCUUCAGGAUCUUGAGGCACAAAUGAAACUUGUUAUGGCAGACAGAAAGGCAACAGAAAGGCAAAUGUUUCAUCAAGAUGAAGCCAUAAUAAGUACAAAAGAUCACUGUGAAAAUCUGGAGGUUCAGAUCACAGCCUUGUAUGCUGGGAAUCUCAAGCUUGCAUUUGAUAUGGAAACACUGCAAGAAGAGUAUAAACUGAUGCUUCAGAGAAACAGUGCCUACUAUGCAAAAAUGGCUGCUCAUAGAGACCAAUUUGUGGAGGCAGAAAACAAAUUGCCACUCAUGACUGAGCUCACUAAGAAAAGAGCUGCGGUCAAAGAGAUGAUUACAAACAAGGAGGAAUUAAUGUCUGUUCUUCAGAAUCCAGAAGUACCGGAUGAAAUCGCAUAUUUGGAAGCUGAAAUUAACGCGUUGAAAGAAGCUAUCAGUGGAAAGGAAAAUGCACUUAGAGAGGAAAGAAAUGUGCAUGCUAGGCUUCGAAAAGAAAUUCAGGUGCAGAAUAAAAGAUAUGAAGCUAUACUAAAGCGUUUGCAUUGCCAAGUGAACAAAUUUCAGUCCAGCAAAAGACAGCGGCACUGUAACCUUCAGCAAAUGGAAGAAAAAGUAGCAGAACUAAGGAAUCUCCUCGAAGCAACUGAUUGAUAGACUAUAUGCUCAUUUUAAGGAUACGGUCCGCUCUCUUUAUGUAACAAACCGUUAAGUUUGUCUUAGACAUACCGUUCAUGGAGCUUUGCUA